AUGAUUGCGAAUUUGAUCCAAAGACUCAAUGCCCUUGAAGACAUUGAUAUUUCACGUUUGCAAGAUCAAGAGCGCCGAGAUUUGUUGCAAGCAUGUGACCGUUUGAAGAGCAAGCUGGAGUCUCCAAUGGACAUCACGGCUCGUCUCAUGCUCUCGGGACAUCAAGCAAUGGCAAUAAGACUCAGUGUUGAUCUCAAGAUCUUCGAUGCGAUAGCAAAGAUAUCCCUGUCUACUGACACGUUCAGUGUGCACGACCUGUAUAACGAAAUUGGACAUGCAGAGCCAUUACUUAUUGCCCGAUUGGUGCGGUUCCUGUCUGCCAUGUCUGUCGUCAAGGAAGUAGAUCGAGAUGUAUAUGCUCAGACACCACUGGCAGCUGCAUUCGUUUCGAGCUCACUACUGGCAGCGGCGGUAAUUCACGGCACUUAUUUCAUGACGAUACUGUCCAAACUACCAGAGUACUUCCAUGUUAAAGGGUGGAAAAGUCCCGGUGAUGCUUACGAUGGGCCAUUUAAUUUCACUCCUACGAAGUCCAAUACACAUUAUUUCGACUUCCUGAGCUCCACGCCAUACUACGGGCAAGCCUUCAACGCCGUCAUGGGCAUGUCUUUCCGCCGAACUGGAAAGGACUGGUUCGAAUUCUUUCCCACAGAACGCUUGCAGAUCUCAAACGAGUCUGAGCCACUUGUAGUGGACAUUGGCGGAGGCAAUGGAAAUGAUCUUAAAAAGCUCAAGACUCGGUUCCCUUGUCUUUCUGGCAAACUUAUUCUGCAGGACUUACCAGCUGUCAUCGAAUGUGCUCGAGACCUGCAGGGCAUUGAGGUCCAGAGCCAUGAUUUCUUUCAAGUACAGCCCGUGCGAAACGCAAAGGUGUACUUCAUGCGGACUGUACUACAUGAUUGGCCUGACAAGCAGGGUGUCCAAAUUCUUAGGCGGAUUCGAGAUGCUAUGGGUCGCGACUCGAUCCUUCUGAUUAGUGAACUCAUACUGCCUGAAUCUGGUGUACUUCUGACAUCUGUCCUCUCUGAUAUGCAAAUGAUGGGAACCUUUUCAUCUCUUGAACGAACACAAGAACAGUGGCGGGCACUGUUUGAAAAAGCCGACCUGCAACUUGUUAAAGUCUGGCUUCCAGAUAGCUGUGAUGGAAGCCCGAAUUCAUUGGCACAGCAACCGGCUCUUUUUGAAACCCGACUGAAGCCGAAGAAUGUGUAG